CUGGAGCUGAGGUGGGCGAUGGGGUGUGAUGGGGCAGAAUAGACCUGCAUCAUCCCUACGGGAUCCUGGCGGCUGUGGUGGGCGUCAUCCAAGGCAAUUUUUUGGAGUUAAUGGAGCCAGAAGAAACUCUAGAAUCAGAGAGUUCAGAAAAGUCACUGUUUUCCUCACAGCAAGAGUAUGAAGAGUCGCAAGAAGCAGAAGAAACAGGCGCUGAGAACCCCCUUCUGCAGCCCACUCUCACUGGGGAUGUGGAAGGUUUGCAGAAGAUUUUUGAGGACCCUGAACAUCCUCACCAUGAGCACGCUGUGCAGCUGCUUUUGGAAGAAGACAUUGUUGGGAGAAAUCUGUUAUACGCAGCUUGCAUGGCUGGCAAAAGUGAUGUCAUUAAAGCCUUAGCAAAGUAUGGGGUGAAUUUGAAUGAGGCAACUGCCAGAGGGUACACGCUCUUACACUGCGCUGCAGCCUGGGGCCGUCUGGAAACUCUGAAGGCCCUGGUGGAACUGGAUGUUGAUAUAGAGGCUUUGAACUACCGUGGAGAGAAAGCUCGGGACGUUGCUGCUCGUUAUUCUCAGGUUGAAUGUGUUAAUUUUCUGGACUGGGCAGGUAAUGCACAGAUAAAGCAAACAGGAUUAAGCAGAGAGCUUGAACUAAGAUGUAAGCGAGGUAACGCCGUCCUCAAUGCGUGCCGUUUGAAAAACGAGUGGUUGGAAAGCCAUCCAGAAGCUUCCAUCAGUGAGAUUUUUGAGCAGAAACAACAAUUGGAAGAUAUCGUCUCCCCCAUCCUAGCAAAAAUGUCUACACCACGCCAAGUGAAAAGUGCCAAAUCGAUAACCUAAGCCGUGGUCAGCAGAGAAGUCAAGGAUGUGCCUUCUACAGAUGCCACAUGGUGUAGAAGGCUACAUUACGUUUCAGUAUUAAAUACGACAGACCCGUUCCUCGUCCCUGCCAAGUUCAAGAAAUAGAUCCAGAGUUUUGCAGAAAUGUCUGGGUACAAAUUCAGUCACCUGGCUUUGUGUUAGACUGUUCAGAAUACUCACACCUGGCUCAGGGGCUGGGCCUCUGUUCCUCCAAACUCAGUCCUCCCGAGUCCUCCAAGCUUGGCUCCUCCUGAAUCCUUCAAGCUUGGCUGCUCCUGAGUCCUCCAAGCUCAGUCCUCCUGAGUCCUCCAAGCUUGG